GUGAGGCCUACACGGGGCGAGCACGGACUACGCGAUCGCUGCCUGAGCAGCUGCUGCUUGCCGAAUGAGCCAAGAGUGCACAGGGUGUGAGUCGAGUGCGAUGUGCGACAAGGCCGAGAAGGACCCAGAAGCCACCGUACUGACCAGCAACCCGGUCUCAGGGACGGGCGACCGCCAGGGCUCCUGUCCGGAAUCUUUGGACACCUUGGGUUCCUCAACGGGAAUGUUGGCGAGAAUGGAAACUCUAAAGGCAGGGGCCAGUAGCAGCAGCGCAAGCUCUUCGAGCCCACAUGCUGCAGGCGAGAAGUCGCAGUUCUACAUCGAGGUUGACGCCGAUUCCAUGGCCAACUUGAAAGCCGGAACCCAGUACACGCUGGUGCCCAUGGAUGCAGAUCAGGCGACGGCGGCUGCCAUACCAACCUCGGGUAUUGCUCAGACGCUUGCUUGGGGCCGCACACUGGACGGAAGACUACCGGGGGAAGAGGCAGCUGGGAACCCUAGAGUUGUAUCAAAGGAAGAGCUGACCCGCGACGCGUUAGGCCUAGACCAGGGCAUGAUGAACACUUUCGAUGCGACUGGCAAGACCGAGGUGCCGGACCAGCCCCUCGACGCAGAGUUCGAGGGCUCCGAAAACAAGAUGACGUACACACCCCUCAUGCCCGUCCCUCUGCAACAGCAGCAGCAACAACAGCAAACACAGGCUCAUGAAGCAACUGCUGCAGCAGCCGCUGCCGCACAGAUGCAACACGCCACAAACGGUUACGACGCCGCGGAGCUGCGCUACCGACACCCGACGUCGCCUAUGUACUCGGCGCCGCCGCAGCACACGCUCCCACACCAGACGACCUUCCUGGUGCCCCCGAGGGGCAGCUGGACCCCUUUCACUGGCACCACGACCGCGCAGGCCUACCUCCCCUUGGCAACGGGCAGCCACUCGUGCGCUGCGGCUUGUGCAGCAGCCGGACUCGCCGGAGGUCCCUGCAGCAGCAGCGGUGCGGCGACGGCUGCCGGGAGUGGCCUGCACGCCUCGCUGGGAGCUGACGAGGUGACAUCGGCCGGACACUUCGGCCGCAGUGCGACUGGAGAAGCCACGGGUGGCGACAUUAUGAGCGGCGUGACCCGAGUGGCCAACAUGGGACAGAUGCAGCACAUGGUGGGCCCACUGGUAAAUGUACCCUACUACAUGCCCUUCCACGGCCGCGAAAACCACAACGAGAAAGAGCGCAAAAGGAGGGCCCGUAUCAAGAAUGCCUGCCAGACCCUGCGGUCGCUAGUGCCCGGUUUGAGCGAGAAGACGGACAAGGCCACAGUGUUCGAGUUUACUGUGCAGUACCUGCUACAUCUGCGCAGGCACUUGGGAACCAAGCGUGAUAAGUCCAUUUCCCAGGAGUUCAUGGAGAAGUAUUCGCCGUACUAGGAAAGCAAAGGGCUCGUGCUCGAUACAACAGCAAGCAGUCGAAGCAAGGAGCCAGGUGGAAAGAAGAGUCACUGUAGCUUAAUAAAACAAGUUGU